CGUUCGAGAAUGCUUGAGACUUGAACUCACAAUGUCACCACAGUUUUAUAAUCUUUAAAAGUAUUGAUCCAGACCUAAACUAUGUCCAUUCGAUUCGGAAUAAUAAUACAAUACUAAAAAAGAUUUAAAUUUUGCACACAUGUUUUGUUGUACGUGAGAAAAAAUAGAAUAAAGAAGAGUCGCAUUCUCAGUGUUAAAACUGUGGGGUGUGUUCAGGAUGGUCACGUGAUGUCAUGUUUACUUCCUGAUUUCGCCAUUUUAUUUUCCAAAGAAAGAGCUACGUUUUAUCUCUCUUAUACAGUUAUUCUACGUAUUUCCUUGUAUUUGAUCUAUCUUCAACAAGAUAAGAUAGUAAAGAAGCCAUGGGAUGUGUCCUGGGAGGUCUUGCAUGCUGUUUUGGCAGUGCAGCCUGCAGUUUGUGUUGUGCAGCAUGUCCAGGUUGUAAAAAUUCUACCUCAACCCGCAUUGUCUACUCUCUGUUCCUCUUGUUGGGAACUAUUACAUCAGCAUUGAUGCUGAUACCAUCAAUACGAGACAGUUUGGACAAGGUACCUGGUUUAUGUAACCCGAUAUGGUUUAAUAAUGAAAAGACCAGACUUUUGAACUGUGAUUAUGUUGUUGGGCAUCUCGCUGUAUACAGAACAUGUUUUGGAAUGGCAAUGUUUUUCCUGUUACUAACGAUCAUUAUGGUCAAAGUUAGCUCUUCGAAAGAUCCAAGAGCCAAAAUACAGAAUGGUUUUUGGUUUUUCAAGUUUGUCAUACUGGUUGGUAUCAUUAUUGGCGCCUUCUACAUCCCACGACCUGGUGGUAUGAACCAAGUCAGCUUUGACCAGGUGUGGAUGGUAUUUGGGAUGAUAGGAGGCUUUCUCUUCAUCCUUAUUCAGUUGGUUCUCAUUGUCGACUUUGGCCACUCCUGGAAUGAGAAAUGGGUAGCCAAUUAUGAAGACUCACAAAACAAAGGCUGGUAUGUAGGGUUACUGAUCUUCACUGUGCUUUUCUACUUAAUCUCCUUGGCUGCCAUUGUUCUCUUCUACAUAUUUUACACAAGAGGGGUGGAUGGAUGUCCAAUGAACAAAGCAUUCGUUAGUGUGAAUAUGAUACUGUGUAUCCUUGUGUCGAUUGUGUCUAUUUUGCCCAAAAUCCAAGAAGUCAACCCACGCUCUGGCUUGCUCCAGUCUUCGAUCAUAACUGGAUAUGUUCAGUACUUGACCUGGUCAGCGAUGACCAACAACCCAGACAAGACCUGUAACCCAUCUUUAAUGGACAUUUUCUCUGGCAAGGUCAACGCUACAUCAGUUAUUUUACCCCCAGAAAGGGUCACUGGCAUGGACUGGCCUAGCAUUGCUGGCCUUGGCAUUUGGAUGAUUUGUGUGUUAUAUGCUAGCAUCCGUACCGCUUCAACUAACAACAUGGGGAAACUGACAAACAAAAAUACAGAGAAUGUCUACUUGAAUGACAACUCAUCAGGAUCUGCAAGUAACAAAGAUGAGGAGAAAUCUGGACAGAAUGUUUGGGACAAUGAAGAGGAAGCUGUUGCUUACAGCUACUCAUUCUUCCACUUCAUGUUUUUCCUGGCCACUCUAUACAUAAUGAUGACAUUGACAAAGUGGUACAGCCCUACAGCAGAUGGGACCCUUACGAGCAACCUUCCCUCGGUCUGGGUGAAGAUCAGUUCUAGUUGGGUCUGCCUCGUAAUAUAUGGCUGGACACUCAUUGCCCCUGCUGUUCUCAGUGACAGGGAGUUUGAUUAA